AUGCCAUUGUGCUUACAGCCGGAGGAUAUAAUUCUCCAUCUUUCCUGUAUAAUUACCCUCUCCUUCAUCCCAUCACAUCCCGUCAUCUCAUCCCCACCAUUACGUUACUAUAACUCCCCUUCCUCACCAUCACGUUACUAUAACUCCCCGUCCUCACCAUCAUGUUACUAUAACUCCCCGUCCUCACCAUCAUGUUACUAUAACUCCCCGUCCUCACCACCAUGUUACUAUAACACCCCGUCCUCACCAUCACGUUACUAUAACUCCUCGUCCUCACCACCAUGUUACUAUAACUCCCCGUCCUCACCACCACGUUACUAUAACUCCCCUUCCUCACCAUCACGUUACUAUAACUCCCCGUCCUCACCAUCAUGUUACUAUAACUCCCCUUCCUCACCAUCACGUUACUAUAACUCCUCGUCCUCACCAUCAUGUUACUAUAACUCCCCGUCCUCACCAUCACGUUACUAUAACUCCUCGUCCUCACCACCAUGUUACUAUAACUCCCCGUCCUCACCACCAUGUUACUAUAACUCCCCGUCCUCACCAUCACGUUACUAUAACUCCCCGUCCUCACCAUCAUGUUACUAUAACUCCCCGUCCUCACCAUCACGUUACUAUAACUCCUCGUCCUCACCACCAUGUUACUAUAACUCCCCGUCCUCACCACCAUGUUACUAUAACACCCCGUCCUCAUCAUCACGUUACUAUAACUCCCCGUCCUCACCAUCAUGUUACUAUAACUCCCCGUCCUCACCAUCAUGUUACUAUAACUCCCCGUCCUCACCAUCAUGUUACUAUAACUCCCCGUCCUCACCAUCAUGUUACUAUAACUCCCUGUCCUCACCACCAUGUUACUAUAACUCCCCGUCCUCACCACCAUGUUACUAUAACACCCCGUCCUCACCACCAUGUUACUAUAACUCCCCGUCCUCACCAUCAUGUUACUAUAACUCCCCGUCCUCACCAUCACAUAACUCCCUGUCCUCACCAUCAUGUUACUAUAACUCCCCGUCCUCACCAUCAUGUUACUAUAACUCCCCGUCCUCACCAUCAUGUUACUAUAACUCCCCGUCCUCACCACCAUGUUACUAUAACACCCCGUCCUCACCACCAUGUUACUAUAACACCCCGUCCUCACCAUCAUGUUACUAUAACUCCCCGUCCUCACCACCAUGUUACUAUAACACCCUGUCCUCACCACCAUGUUACUAUAACACCCCGUCCUCACCAUCAUGUUACUAUAACUCCCCGUCCUCACCACCAUGUUACUAUAACACCCCGUCCUCACCAUCAUGUUACUAUAACACCCCGUCCUCACCACCAUGUUACUAUAACACCCCGUCCUCACCACCAUGCACUCUAAGAGCAUACCAAGUCCCCAUCCUGGAACUGUCACCACAACCGAAUUGUCUAGCACUAUCAGAUAGUCCCUCCAUCCCCCAAGUCCUCAUCCAGGCUCUGGCAUCACACUCUAGUCACCUUCCACCCUCAGGUACUUUACCUAACUCAAAACUUCUCACUGGAUCGGAGAGGAAUCACAUUCAAAUUGCCUAA